GAAAAAUUGUAUAGAAAUAAAAUAAAAAAAAACACAAUUGUUGACUUUCUGAGUCGGACACAUCUCCUCCCUAAACCCUCAAUCCUCUCUCUAUCACUCCCUCCGCCUCCGCUGCCCCACCGCCGUCAUGAGCAUCUCGUCCUCCGCCUCCAUUUCCUCCUCGCCGCGUACGUGGAACGGCGCACUCUCCAGACAGCUCUGCGGGUCCCACACCCACCCUCAGCUCUCCUUUUCCGCCAACAACAAGCAGCAGAAGACGAUUAUCUGCUCCGCUGCCGCGAAGAGCGGCUCCGUCGUGAUAGAGCAAGGAGCUGCUGAUUUGGGAUCGGGACCGAGUCGGAUUGGAUCGCUGAGUCAAGUAUCCGGCGUCCUUGGAUGUCAGUGGGGAGAUGAAGGCAAGGGAAAGCUCGUCGAUAUCCUCGCCAAGCAAUUCGACAUCGUCGCGCGUUGCCAGGGCGGAGCUAAUGCUGGCCACACAAUUUACAAUUCAGAGGGCAAGAAGUUUGCGCUUCACCUUGUUCCCUCAGGAAUUCUUAACGAGGACACUCUCUGUGUAAUUGGUAACGGGGUUGUGGUCCAUGUACCUGGAUUCUUCAAAGAAGUUGAUGGGCUCGAAUCCAACGGAGUUGCUUGCGAUGGAAGGAUCUUAAUAUCCGACCGUGCUCACCUAUUAUUCGAUUUUCAUCAAAUUGUCGAUGGGCUUAGGGAAGCCGAACUUGCUAAAUCAUUCAUCGGAACCACAAGGAGAGGUAUUGGGCCUUGCUAUUCAAGCAAGGUUAUCCGUAAUGGCAUAAGAGUGAGUGACUUGAGGCAUAUGGAUACUUUUGCUCAGAAACUCGAUCUUUUAUUAUCCGAUGCUGCAUCGAGAUUCCAAGGUUUUAACUAUACCCCCGACAUGCUCAAGGAGGAAGUUGAACGGUACAAAAGGUAUGCUGAGAGGUUGGAGCCCUUCAUUGUCGAUACUGUGCAUUUUGUUAACGAUGCCAUAUCUCAGAAGAAAAAGAUUUUGGUAGAAGGUGGUCAGGCAACUAUGUUGGACGUUGAUUUUGGAACGUACCCUUUCGUAACUUCCUCUAGCCCAUCUGCUGGAGGAAUCUGCACGGGCCUUGGUAUUGCUCCUCGAGUUCUUGGUGAUCUUAUAGGAGUGGUGAAAGCGUAUACUACACGAGUUGGUUCUGGUCCUUUCCCAACCGAAAUAUUGGGUAAAGGGGGUGAUUUACUUAGAUUUGCUGGACAGGAAUUUGGCACUACAACCGGUCGCCCUCGUCGCUGUGGAUGGCUUGACAUAGCUGCAUUGAAAUACUGCUGUCAGAUUAACGGAUUCUCCUCUUUGAACCUUACUAAGCUUGACGUAUUGUCAGAUUUAUCAGAAAUUCAAUUGGGAGUUUCGUACAAGCAAAGUGAUGGAACCCCAGUCCCAUCAUUCCCUGCAGAUUUGCGACUUCUUGAGCAACUCGAGGUCGAGUAUGAAGUUAUGCCAGGGUGGCAGACUGAUAUUUCGUCCAUCAGAGAGUACUCCGAGCUGCCAAAGGCUGCACGGAAUUACGUAGAGAGGAUAGAAGAACUUGUCGGUGUACCCAUUCACUAUAUCGGCAUUGGACCAGGGCGUGACGCACUUAUAUACAAGUGAAGUUUUUCGAGUUAUUUUUAGUCCAUUGGCGAAGAUAUUUCUUCUUUUUUUAUUUUCUGGCAUGAGAAUGAUGAUUUGUUAUUUGAUAAAAAAAAAGCCAGAAAUUCAAUUUGAUGACAUGAAAUUUGUGACACACUAUUUGCAUACUGGCCUCUGAGGCUGUGAUUUUGAUUUUGAUUAGGUUUAUUUCGAUUGAUUUUGAUUGUACCAUUUUUAGAGGGCAGUGUGUGCUUGUGAUAAUAACUCGUGCUUUGAGUUGUUCAAUAAUUACAACUUUUUUUUUUUU